AUGUCAACAUCACAAACCUUCUUUCUCGUUGGCGACGAGCCAUCAUCCGCUCGCGGCGUCGUCGUUGACCCCAAGUGGAAGCUUGAGGAGCUCAAGAGGGCCGUUGGUCUUGCUCACCACGUUGCUCAGCCUACUGGCAUCACCUUCCACAUCGACGCCGACGAUGAAAAGAUCCUCAACACUGUCGUGGACGUCCUCAGGGCUACCAGCCCCGUAGCCUGCCGCAUCGACGGCAACCCCGUGCGCGACCCCCAGGGUCCCGAGGGUCUCCCCGUCGUCGGUUCCUACUACGAGAUCUUCCCCGACCACUUGGGUAACCACUACCGCCUGUUCCGCAAGUACGGCCACGUCAUCAAGACGACCAACAUGGGCCGCACCAACUACCUGACCGACGACCCGAACGUCGCUCUGGUGGCCCUGUCCGAGUCCGCCUACUUCACCAAGAGGAUCAGCGAGGAGCAUCCCCUCUUCGGCAUCAAGGACAACUCUGCCAUUUUCAUCGGCGACACCGAGACCGAGAACUGGCGCCUUGCGCACAAGUUCCUCCCCCCCGCCAUGGGCCCCAAGGCCGUCCGCCACUACACUCCUCUGAUGCAGGACUGCGUCCGCGGCUCGUUCAAGGUCUUUGACGAGCUCGACUCCCGCGGCGAGUCCUGGAACGUGUACCAGUACAUGGUCAAGCUGGCCUCUCAGACCGUCGGCAAGUUCGCCAUGGGUUUCGACUACCACCACUUCGACGCGGUCGACACGCCCGUGCACUCCCUCGUCACCAACAUCGUCAACAUGCUGGCCUUGAACAAGAAGGUCACCGCCCGCGGCGGCUGGUACCAGCACCUGCCCUUCGGCGACCCUGCCAAGCUGAAGGAAGUGCGCAAGGCCACGUACAGUCAGCUGGCGGAAGCCGUCGAUGCGGCGCCGUCUUCCGGCAUCGAGAACCUGCCGCUCAGCGAGGCUGCGACCAAGGCCUCCUGCGUGGCCGACUACCUCGUCAACGCGGUCGACGAGAAGGGCGAGCACUUCCCCAAGGGCCUUGUCCUGUCCAACAUGCUCGUCGUCACGGGCGCCGGUUACACCACCACUUCCUCGCUGAUGUCCUGGUGCAUCUACUGCAUCGUGACCUACCCUAAGAUGCAAGACCGUCUGCUGCAGGAACUGAUCGACUUCGGCAUCAACGCCGAGACGGAAUGGGACCCUGAUCUCGCGCACUCGCUGCCCUUCCUCGACGCCUUCCUCAAGGAAACCCAGCGUCUGCACAACGCCUCGUUCCAGCCGGGCCGCACCACCAAGACUGACGUCGUUCUCCCCGGCGGCUUCCGUCUGCCCGAGAACGUGGUUAUGAUCCCCGCGCUGUACGCGGUGCACACCAACCCGGAGCAUUGGCAUGAUCCCUUCCGCUUCGACCCCGACAGAUGGGACACCGAGGAGGUCAAGGCGCGUCACCGCGGCGCUUACAUGCCGUUCGCUGUCGGACCCAGAUCGUGCAUCGGCUUCAACUUUGCGCUGCUCGAGAUCAAGAUCUUGCUGAGCGAGCUUAUCUACCGCUACAAGUUCACCAGGGAAGGCUUUGAGGCCAUCGAGUAUGAUCCCGAGUUCCAGCUUAUCAGGCCGCUUAACUUGUAUGUCACUGCCAAGAGGAGGACCGAGUGGCCUGCUAAGAGCGCCUAA